UAUGUAUGCGUAUACAUAUGUAUAUGUAUACGCUAUUAACGCUCUAUAUGCUACGUCGCUGGUUACAAAUAUCUCAUAUUCUUUGUUUAGUAGUAUGAAUUAAACCAUCCGCUAUUUCGUUUGCGUCUCAAUGUGGAUCUGUGUAAUUAAAUCUCUUUUUCGAAUCUAUUUCGCAGAAAGAAGAGCUCCUGCUAUCUGCACUGAUCUUGUUUCGGACAUAAAUAAGACUUGACCCCACUUCAAGGGUUAUCCAGUAGAGAGUUAAUGCAAUGUUCAGUAAUAAAGGUAUUUAGUAGAUAUGUAACUUUGCAUUUAAAAAAUUUAUCGCUGAUACAAAUAGUUUACACGUGAGGAUUAAACAGUUACGAGGUACUUUUGACUGUUUACACUUAUUUUUCUUAUUGUAAUGUGUCUAUCUUGAUACUAAAAUAGAAUACUUAAGUAAUAAGUAUAUCUCAUCUUCAAUGCGGUUGUAUAUGCGGUAUAUACAUGAAAACUAACAGAUGUUUCGAAAUGUUUCGAAAUAGAGAGCUGGUUAAGGUCCGAACACGCGAUAAAACUUCAGCAGCAAAACUUUAACUUAAAGUAAUGACCAAUGAAAGUCAAGAACGUAAGCAGCAAUUUUGUAACCUAAGCAAUGCUACAAAUUCCAAUUAAUUGAAAUUCGGAAUUCUUAAGUUUUACUGCUUAAGUAGUUCCGUGUGUUUCUAAUUUUAGUCUUAUAAAGAUACAGUGAAGGUGCAGCAAUAUCGAGAUUCACCAAUUAGCAUUCUGGAACCAGUUUCCGUAGCAUUGAAUUUCACUGUAAUUUCAUGGAACUGUAAGAAGAAUACUUUAGAUUAUUUCGCAAGAGUAUCUGAAAGAAAUGUUUCAGAAAAUAAUAAAUAUAAAUAAAUAAAUAAAUAAAAGUAUAAUAGUGAAAGAGAAUAUAUUGAAGUAUAUAAUUCAAAACACUUAAAGCACAAUGUAACUAUUGAUAAGAAAAUGUAGUUUCUUCAAAAAAGUAAAAAAUAAAAGAUAAUAUUGUUAAUUAUUAUGACAGUAAAAAGAUAUAAUAAGGUGGAAUAACAAAGCAAAAGCGGACAAUUAUACAUGAGAAUCCCGUCGAUUCUCACAACUGAGAAAUUCGAAAUAAAACGAUGAAUGUACUCGUCAUAACCGGUUUUACAACUGUUGAAUAAUCGAAGUGAAAAGAGAAUAUUUACUCAUAGCGAGUGUGAAAGAUUCACGGCAGAUGUCUGGUUUCUGUACGGAAUAGUGCUCCUUUUAAAUGUAAUCGACUGAAGCAAUGAGUGAUUAAAGUGAUUCCUCCUAAACACCUUUUUAACGGAGCCUCACAAGAUGGUUAAGAUUUGUAUCUUAUUCGUGUUACUGCCGCACCUGUUUUAUACCAUGGUACAUAGUACAACUUCGUGUUCGGAAUACCUCACAUACACGAUCGAUCCCGACACACGCAAGAUAUUCGGACGGAUCGAAAUUCUACCACCAAAAUGCCCACCAGAAAAUGAGGAAAUUUAUUUAAAAGUAGCCUUAAACGCUACCGCUGAUUCGAUAAAAGGGAUAUUUCGAUUGGAAUUGGCACGUUCUAUAAACGAGUCCAUUCAAGCUGUUAAACAAGGCAGAUCUUUAGUGUAUCACGUUUAUUUUCCCUCGGAUGACAAGUUUCCGACGUUAUCCGCAAUAUGGAUUAACACUCAACAAUACUGCCUCGGUCCCAAACGUAAGUACCGUAUUUACUUGAAAUAUAAUAUAUGAUGUAAGUGUUACAUAUGCUCGCGCGAGGAACUAGAAGCGAGAAUCCGAGUUGUAAUUCUUUCGAGCUGCAUAAAGUUAAUAUUUACCCACAACUGAUUUUUAACUACUGUAGCAAAAGUAAACAAUAAGCUAAAACUCUCAUUUUAAAACAAUGAAAGAUCCUUUUUAUCAUACGAGUAUACAUCAUUUUCUAUCUUUACGUAUAAACGAUUUCGCGAUCAUACAUUGUGUAUGGAAAAUAUUUCGGUAAUUAUGCAUAAAAGGGGCCUCCUCUCCGAUUUGCU